AUGAAAUUUGGGACUUUCUUUUUAUUUUUAUUUUUGUUUAUUUCAAUUUCAUCAUGUGAAUUACCUUUAAAAGAAAAGCAAGCAAUAGAUACUUUAUUACAAAUAUAUGGUUUAAAUUUAAUAAACGGUGAUUAUUGUGGUUCACCCCAAUAUUUUGUGUGUAAUUUUGAAAACACAACGAUUACAGAAAUUUCAUUAAGUGGUAAUGAAAUUAAUAAAACUAUUUUCCCAGAUGGAGUAAUUGGUAAUUUUAGUUUUAUAAAUAAAGUAAAAUUAUCAAAUUCAAAUAUCUCAAAUGCUUUUUUUAGUGAAUUACAAACCACAAGAAAUUUUCAAUUUGAUAAUUGUUUUAUUCCAAAAUUUCCAACAUUCCUCCCCUAUGUCCAAGUAUUAUAUAUGAAUGAUGUAUUUUUUAAUGGUAAUAUAAAUUAUUCAUCAUUUUCAGCUAUCGGUAAUUUUACAUUGAUUUAUUCUUCAGGUGAUUUAAUGACAGAUUAUCAAUUGAUUGAUGAUUCACCACUUUAUUUUGUUAUUUCAAACAUUAAAAUCGUAUUAAAUAAUAUUAUAGAUUUUCAGUAUUCACUUCAAAAAAUAGAAAUUUAUUUAGGAAAAUAUUUUAAUAAUAGUGAUAGUUUUAGAAAUAUGAGCUUCACUGGUGGCCCAAUUUUCAUUAGUGAUUUGUACUAUAAUAAACCUAUCGAAAUUACAAAUUUAAUUGGUCAAAGUGUAAUAUUAAAUUUUGCUAAUGUCCAGUUUAGUUUACCGGAUAAUAGCUACAUGGAUUUUACUUUCCAUUUGGUUAGUUCUUUAAUUUUUACUAAUUGCUCAGGAUUAACAAAUUCAAAUGGUGAUUUAAUGAUAAAAAUAGGAAGUGUUAAAACUUUAACAAUAACCAAUUCGAAAUUAAAAAAGAUACCUCCAUUUUCAUUUUAUAAAACUUUAUCUUCAUUGGAUAUUAGUAAAAAUAAUAUUAUAGGUCAGAUACCUGAAUUAUAUGAACCAAUGAAUGCAUCACAAAUAAUUGGUAUUAAUUUAAGUGGAAAUAAAAUAAGUGGUGAAUUAAAUCAAAAUCAUUGUUAUCACAAUUUAAAUAUAUCCAAUAACCAAUUAACAGGUAAACUUCCAAUGUGUUUUAUAUGUCAAUUAAAUGAUCCACUAUUAAGAUAUAGAAUAAAUGGAAAUAAUUUUGAAAAUUAUAUUAGUAAUAGUGAAAAUAAUUUUCCAAUUUGUUCAGGCAUAUCAUUUAUUGGGGAUGCUUUGAUAGAAGUUGGAACAACUAAUUCAUUUAUUAAUGGAACUAAUUUAGGAUGGGAAUCUAUAUAUUAUAGUAUUCCAGGACAAAUAUUAAGUGAUCCAUUGGGAUUAUUUUUUUCAGUGGAGAUUCCAAAUAAAGUUUUAAGAAUUUCAGAUCCAAAAAAAUUAUUCCCAAUUGAUAAAGCAAUUGUGAAUUUCGCAAUUCCAAAUAUAAAUGUUACAAUGCAUUUUAAAUACUCUGAACCAAAAGUAUAUGCUAUUACAGUGUAUCCAUAUUAUAAUCUUGGUUAUUUAUUUUUAAUUAAUGGUGCUUCAUUUCCAUCCCAAAAUAGCACUUCCUCAAGAGUUUCUGUAAAAUUUGACAAUUUUGAUUGUGAACCAACAAUAGUUGCCGGUAUUGUUAUUGAAUGUAUUGUAUAUAAAUCUCAGUUAGCUGAAAAAAUCUAUACAGUAUCGAUAACCAAUGAACAAACUAGAAAAACUGGUUUUUCUAAAUAUAAAUUUGAAAGAGUUUAUCCUUUUGUUUAUGCAUAUAGCUCACCAACGAAAAUUGGUGGUGUUGUAACAUUUUUUGGAAGUUAUGGGUCAGUCUUUACCAAUGCAACUAUUAAAAUUGGAAAAGGUACAUGUGAAAUUAUCAAUAUAAACUCAACAGUAAUUACAUGUAACCUAGCAGGAGCUAAUUCAAUUGGUCCAAGUCCUGCAAAUGUUAGUAUAACAAUUAAUCAAGUUAAUUGGUUUGUAAAUGAUUAUUUCAUUUAUAAUGAAGAUAAUAUAUGUCCAGGAACACCAGAAUGUAGUGGCAAUGGUAUUUGUUUUAGUGGUUAUUGUGCAUGUUCAAAUGGUUAUUCUGGUAUUAAAUGUGAUAAAAUUUUUACAGGCGAUAUAGAGGUUAAAAAGAAUGAUACUUUAACAGAAAUGAUAAAGAAUGGUUAUUCAUUUGGUUUUUCAAUUAGAGAUAUUAGAGAAAUUGAUUUCGAUGGUAAAACAGUUAGACAACAUAAUUUCACAAGUUGGACAUUAACACCAGAUUCAACGAUUAUGAAAUGGACUUAUGUAAAUAAAUUUGAAAAUUCAAUCAUUUCAUAUACAGUAGAACAAAUUACAGGUGCACCAAAGAAUUAUACAUUUGCAGGUGAACAAUUUACACUUCAACCUGGUUCUUUAAAAUUAUCAGCAAACAUUUCAAAUUGGGAAUAUUUAGGAUCACUAAAUACUCUACAACUUCAAAUUCAUUCUUCAGUUAAAGCUCAACAAGAGAAUGAAUGUGAACAAAAAUCUGAAAUUCAAUCAAAUGGUAAUGGUGUAUCAUUAAAUUAUAUUACUAUUCAAAAAGAUAAAAAUGUAUUCAGUGGUAGAUUCAUAGAUAAGGUGGUUUCAGAUGGUAGACCUACCUUUUCAAAAGUUUCAAUCUCUGAACAAACUGAAGAUUCAAUCACAGUUUCAAUAUCAUUACCUUAUUGUAAAGAAUGUUUAAUUGAUCCUGAUUUCUCUGUAAUGAUCAAUCCAAAUCCAAUAUUUAAUCCAUGUGACAAUGAUCAACCUUCUAAUUUAAAAUGGAUUAUACCUGUUAGUGUAAUAUUAGGUUUGUUAGGUUUGUUUGCUAUUUUUGUAAUAGUUUUCUUUUUAGCACGUGAUCGUAUUUAUAUCUCUAAAAAAGGUGGAAUUAUUUUAUUAAAAAAACAAAAAAAAACAUCAACAUAA